AGAGAGAGACAGGGUGAGAAAGUGUCCCGUCCGGAGGAAGAUACUCUAUACUCUGAAAUGCUGAAUAGGAACUAAUCUGCAUCUUCUUUAAAGAAAAAAAAAAAGCAAGAAAACUCACCAGGCGCAUAUUUUGGCUAUUUAUUUUUUCACAUUGGUACUAAUAUAGAGUUUGCACUGGAUUUUUUUUAUUAUUAUUAUUAUUAUUACUAGUAGUAGUGGUAGUAUCUAUUAGAUUUCUGUGAAAUUCACUUUACGCACCAGGACUUUGACAGUUCGUGAAAGUCUUCCUUUCCUGAAGGAUUAUGAUGUUUUUUCUGCGUGUUGCGCUGAGUUUAACCGCUGCCCUGUGCGCCACCGCGGCGCAAAGCGCGUGGGAAGAAACCACGGUGUUACCGGUUCAACUCCAAGCGCCUGGAACUUCCGAAGAGGCUUCAGGGAAGCUUUUCUAUCGCUUGGACAUCUUUGGGAAACGGAUGGUGCUGGAGGUGGUGCCGGAUCAGACUUUCCUGGCGCCUGGGUUUGUAUUCCAUGUGGUGGGGAAGCCGGAGGGCCGGCGGAGGUUUGACAGCUCGGCGGAGGCGCGCUGCUUUUACACGGGAACCGUGAACCGAGACAAGAGCUCCGCGGUCGCUCUGAACGUCUGUCAUGGACUGAGGGGUGGCUUCAGCUAUGGUGGGGAAGAGUACUUCAUUCAGCCCGCGAAUGUCACCGGGGAAAGCGGUUUGUCUAGCAGGGACAUGCACACCAUCCGCCGGAGAAACCGGCAGGUCCAGGGAGAGGCCGGUGGCUCUAAGUGCGGCGUCAGCGAGGACGAGGAGAAAAUCACUGAGCACCAUGAGACGAAGCCGGUCUCAACUCCUAAUGAGUCCCAAGCACAUCAUCGGUCCCGUCGAUUUGUGUCCGUCCCACGAUAUUUGGAAAUCAUGCUUGUGGCAGAUGUCUCAAUGUAUGAGUUUCAUGGAAAUAAUGUGGAAUCUUACCUGCUAACCCUAAUGGCUGUAGCUUCCCGCAUUUACCGCCACCCAACUAUUCACAACUCUAUUACACUCUCUGUGGUAAAACUUAUGGUGAUAAAAAUUAAAGAACAUGGACCAGAUGUCACAAAAAAUGCCGCCCUCACCUUGAGGAACUUCUGCCAGUGGCAAAAGCAGCAUAAUCCUCCCAGCGAUCGUCACCCAGAACAUUAUGACACCGCCAUCCUGGUCACUAGACGAGAUCUAUGUGGUGCUCACUCUUGUGACACAUUAGGAAUGGCUGACGUUGGCACAGUGUGUGAUCCAGAGCGAAGUUGCUCCAUCGUGCAGGAUGAUGGACUGCAGGCAGCUUUCACUAUUGCACACGAGCUUGGUCAUGUGUUCAACAUUCCCCAUGAUGAUGCCAAACAGUGUACUAAUAUCAAUGCUGAAACCGUCAACUUCCACCUGAUGGCAUCGACUCUUUGCAAUCUGAACCAGUUGCAUCCCUGGUCUCCAUGCAGUGCACUGAUGAUCACAACCUUCCUGGAUAAUGGCCACGGGCAGUGUCUGCUUGACAAGCCACAGAAACCUCAGGAAUUACCACAAGCCCUGCCAGGUUCAAAGUAUAGUGCCGACCAUCAGUGCCGUCUCACAUUUGGUAAUGAUUCACUGCACUGCCCUGACCCGGGCACCACCUGUGCAGCUCUCUGGUGCACUGCCACUAAUGCAAAUGGUCUUCUUGUGUGCCAAACCAAGAACAGUCCAUGGGCUGAUGGAACUCCAUGUGGGCAUGACAAAUACUGUGUGGCAGGCCACUGUUUGAGCAGUGGUGAAGCAAACAGUCAUAAGACCUCCGUCAAUGGUGGAUGGGGAAUUUGGGGAGAUUGGGGUGAGUGCUCACGUAGCUGCGGUGGUGGUGUGCAGUACUCUUUUAGGAAAUGUGACAACCCUGUGCCCAAGAACGAAGGCAAAUAUUGCGAGGGUAAAAGAGUCCAGUAUCGAUCCUGCAACACAGAAGCCUGCCCUGACAGCAAUGGUUUAACUUUCCGUGAAGAGCAGUGUUUGGCCCACAACGAUAUUUCCUCCCACAUGACAUUUGGCUCAAGUGAGGGUGUUGAAUGGGUACCAAAAUAUGCUGGUGUAUCACCCAAGGACCGCUGUAAGCUGGUUUGCAGAGCAAAGGGCACAGGAUACUUCUUUAUCCUUAAGCCAAAGGUGGAAGAUGGAACUCCCUGCACCCCCGACUCCACCUCUGUUUGUGUUCAAGGCCAAUGCGUUAAGGCUGGAUGUGACCGUGUCAUUGGCUCAGAUAACCAUUUUGAUAAAUGUGGUGUGUGUGGAGGGAAUGGAUCAACUUGCAAGAAAGUCUCUGGAUCCUUGGAGUAUGCAAGACCCGGCUAUCAGGAUGUUGUGACAAUCCCUGCAGGUGCCACCCACCUCGAUGUAAAGCAGCGAGUCAAUGGUCGUCAACCUGACAAUAGUUAUCUGGCUGUCCGACGUCAAGAUGGUACCUACCUACUAAAUGGUGACUACAAGCUCACAACUUUGGAGCAUGACAUCUUCCUUAAAGGGUCACUUCUGCGCUACAGCGGUUCUUCAGCCUCUCUUGAGCGCCUCCGUAGCUUUGCUCCUCUUCCAGAGCCACUGACAGUCCAGGUUCUAUCUGUAGGCAACUCCCCUCGGCCCCGUGUAAAAUACAGCUACUUUGCCCCGCGUCCUGCUUCCACAAACCGCCGUCCCAUCAAUGCCAUCGGAGAAGCAGGAGGAGCAGAGUGGACACUAGGUGAAUGGCGACCCUGCUCACAGACCUGUGGUGAAGGUGUUCAAAAGAGGGACGUCAUCUGUCAAGACACCCAGGGUCGACCAUCACAAGACUGCCCUGAGGAACUGCGUCCACCUUCCUCUCAGCCUUGCACCAUACACACCUGCCCAUCCUGGGUAGUUGGUGAGUGGUCAGCCUGCUCACAGACCUGCGAUGAAGGUUUUCAGAAGAGGGACGUCCUCUGUCAAGAUACCCAAGGUCGUCCAUCACAAGACUGUCCCGAGAAACUGCGUCCUCCUUCCUCUCAGCCUUGUAUCAUACACACCUGCCCAUCCUGGGUAGUUGGUGAGUGGUCAGCCUGCUCACAGACCUGCGAUGAAGGUUUUCGGAAGAGGGACGUCCUCUGUCAAGACUCCCAGGGUCGACCGUCAGAGGACUGUCCCGAGAAACUGCGUCCGCCUUCCUCCCAGCCUUGUACCAUACAAGCCUGCCCAUCCUGGGUAGUUGGUCCGUGGUCAGCCUGUUCUAAGACUUGUGGCCGAGGCUUUCGGAAACGUAUGCUGCGCUGUGUGAGUCAUGACGGCUAUGUUUUGCCCCAUGACCGCUGUCACACAAAAGAUCGGCCACGACCCUUGAUAGAUAUGUGCAUCCAGGAUGCCUGUUAAGACUGGCUUCGACUAGAAGCAAGCUUUGACUGUAAAUUCAGCUAUUCAUUGUCUGAAGCAAGGCAAUGCAGGUUUGGGAUUCAAAGUGCCCCUUAUGACGGUGACUGCAAUGAACCUUGAACCAGCACUACAGUUCCCACUCCUCCAACACUGGGUCCAGGACACAAAGCUGGCACACUGUGUACCUGUCUGAAAAGCUGGGCUAGGAGAUGAGUUUAAAUUUUUUUUUUAAAAAACACCUUUGCUGCAUUAGGUGCUGUGACAUGCAUACAAGUCAUUAGUGUGAGUGUUUUUAGAGUGAAUGACUUAUAAAAUGUUCUUGUUUAUGUAUUUUUACCGUCUGUCUGAGCUGGACUGGACAGAAAGUUUUUAUAUGAGAGGAAACUAUAUGAGAGCAUCUAUAGAAUAAAUAAAAAGCUACUUAGAUGUGAAUAUAUUGGAAUCUAUUAGUAUUUGGCUGGGACAGAUAGAAACAGUGACUCAGUACGUGAGCCCAUAUUAAAACUCAUUCAAUUCAUUCGUCAUUCAUUCAUCUCAGAUCACCAGGACACACAAGCUGCUAUAAUACUCAGCAGGUUUUAAGUAUGCUUUUAUAACUUUAGCUGCACAGUUAGUAUACAGGUUGAUUUAUAUGCAAGUCUUUAAUGCACUCCCCAUCAUUAAUCAACCAAGAGUCAAGAAAUGUCAAAGAACAUGGUCUCUAUAUUGUGAGGCUGGGUGAGGUUAGCAUGGAGGAUGAGGGACUUCUCUCCUAAUACUACUUCAUAAGUAAGUCUCUCGUGCCUUCCGAGAAGGUGUCAUCUUUUUUUUUUUUUUUUGUACAGAAUAUCCAAACGUUAUUUAUUUUUGUACAGUCUUUAAAAUAUAAUCUUGUGGCUUUUAUAAUUAUUGUUGUAUUUUUAUUUGUUAUUAUUGUUAUUAUUAUUAAAAUAACAGAAGGAUGUAGAUUAUAUUGGAGUAUUUAUACAGUAUUAUAUAUGGUGUUAGGUUUAUGAAUAAAGUAUCACAUUGACUUGUGAACCGAAAUCA